UUUUUGUCGUGUAGGAAACCAAUUUUAGCAUCUUUGAACUGCCGAGCAACGGCUGUUACAGUGAAAGAUAUACAGACAAAGCUUGCAAGCAUGGAUGUCAUCUUCAAGGAAGGAAUGCUGUACCUUCAGGGAGUCAAGUUUGGAAAAAGAACGUGGAGGAAAAUAUGGCUGAUGCUCUUUAAACCCAGUUCCACAGGGGUUGGCCGGUUGGAGCUCUAUACCGUACUCGACAACAAUGCUAUUACUGACCAGAAGAAGGCCACUCGGCAGAAAACACCAGAGAGAAAAGUGGUGCGUCUGAGUGAUUGCCUGAGUGUCACCCCUGCUCCAAAGGAGUCUUGCCCCCAAGGGUGCACGGCCUUCUACUUAAAAACCACACAAUGCACCUACACUCUGGCCUCUACAACAAGCCAGGACUGGCUAAGUGCCCUCUGUCUCCUGGCCUUCCAGAAGGAUCCUGGAGAAACAGACAAAGGGGGUUUGGAGAGAGGAAAUGGUUUGACCAUGGAGGACAAUGACCUUUACUCAUCUUGGAAAACUGGCCAAUACCAAGUGACUGUCCAGAGCACAGAAGCAUCGAGGAGGUGCAAGCUGGCCAGGGAGUAUCUGGUCUCCCCAGAUAAAGACGCUUUGGUACUGCUGACCUGCAGUACCGGUGACAUCAUCUAUAGCUGGCCAUACAGACUCUUGCGCAAAUUCGGACAGGUUGAGGGGGGGUUCAGCAUUGAAGCAGGCCGUCGCUGUCAGUCAGGAGAAGGAGUGUUCAUCUUCCUGACCAGACAUGGCUCCCAGGUCUUCAAGGCUAUAUUAGAGCAGUGCUCUGUGGAGAAGAGCAACCACAGAAUAUCAUUUUCUGACCAGUCUCCUGUUUUUCUCCCUGCCCCACCCAACCGACCACCUGCUCCUCCUGUCUACAACCCUGCAGAUGUUGCUGCGGACACAGAAGACAAGUCUGACAACCAUUAUUCUACUAUCAAUUACACCUUCAAGCCGCUAUCUUUUGUCAAACCUCAACUUUCUAACAGCAAGGAGGUUGUGGGAGAGGAAGGUGACGUUGAGGAUGAGGAUGAACGGUGUCAUUCCCUGGAGGCCCUAAGCCUGGACGAUGACAUGGACGACAUUUAUUACAACGUGAGGAGAUUCACUCCUCCUGUGGUCAGAAAAGAGCCGUUCAAACCUGAGAUAGACAAUUCAAACGAGUGCAUCUACUCGGCUGUGAGAAUAAGCAUUUCUCCCUCAAACUCCCAGCUGCAGCCUUUAUCCUCACCCCUGCCUCCACCUGUUCCUCCGCCUCUUCCCUGCACCCUUCCCCAAUCUGUUCCUUACGCCCUACCCAAGCCCAGAUACCAGUGUCAGCCCCCUGUGAUUAACUUCAUCCAGCCAGAGUUCAAUACUCAGGCACAGGCAGAGGAUGACAUGAAGGAGAUGGAGGAGGCCAUUGGCUCCUCUACCCGUGUCAACCCCACAGAGGCCCCUGGCAGUUUUAAACACAGGCUGGCAGAAAUCAUUUCUAAGGACCUGGCAAAGUUCCAGCCACCUCUUCCCUCUGGAGCGGGCAGCCCCACAUUUUCUCAGUAGGCUAUUAGUUAACAGACAGACUAGAAGGAGCAAUUUUAACCAUGAUAGAUUGUCAGAAGGUGCAAUUAGUUUCUUUCUUUUUUUUUUUUUUUUUAAAUCCCCUCCGCUGGG